AUCCCAGUGUAGCUCCAGGCCACUCUGUUUGGCUUUGUGAUCAUCCUGUUGUGUUUACUUUGGUGUGUUCAUUCACUAUCGGUUUGAUUUGAAUAAGCCUGUACUUGAAUUGAAUUAAACUGUAAUCCUUUCCUGUUUGUGUUUCCUCCACAUUCUCCAGGUUUCUUUAUUUCAGGGUCCUGAGCGAAGAGCUGUCAAGUUCUGAGCCGACAGUCAUCUCAAUUGCCAGUGUUGAAGAAUAUGCAUCAUUAAAUGUGAAGUACUUCGCCUCUGGGCAGUGCCACACACAGAAUGAUGUGUUUGCUUCAUCCAGUCAUGCACCAGUGGAAAUGAAAGACUUUAUAAUGUCACCUGUCUUAUUUAUGGACCCAUUCCACCUCAUGCUCUGGAGACUUUGACCCUAAAAGUGCCAGAGAAAGCUGCUUUUGGGGUGUCCACUUUCUUUUCCUGAUUUAUUUAUUUUCUUCUUAAAAACAAACCACUUUUUCUUUUUGUAAAAAUGGGCCCUUUUAUGUCUCCUUUCAAUAAUCUGCUGUGCAUGCUGUUGGGCAUCUCUUUCACUGUCUGGUUUACACUGCUCUUGGUCUUCAUCAUUGUUCCUGCCAUUUUCGGUCUCUCCUUCGGUAUCCGCAGCCUCUACAUGAAGAUGCUGCUCAAGGUGUUUAAGUGGGCCACAGUGAGGAUGGAAAGAGGAGCCAAGGAGAAGAACCAUCUACUGUACAAGCCUUACAGUCUUAAUGGCAUUAUUGCUAAAGAACCUACAUCGCUGGAAGAGGAGCUCAAAGAGAUUAGGCGAAAUGGCAGCAGCCAAGAUUUGGAUGGCUCCGCCUCCACCACUACAGGCCCCUCCCCUUCCUCAUCAGAGUUCGAGAUGUCAGACACCUUCUACUUCUGCCGGCGUGGGAUUGAAAGCAUCGUAGACGACGAGGUUACCAAACGUUUCACGGCAGAGGAGCUUGAGUCGUGGAACCUGCUGACCAGGAGCAACUAUAACUUCAAUCACAUUAGCACCAGACUGACGGUGCUGUGGGGUCUCGGCGUUGUCAUCCGUUAUGGGUUCCUGCUGCCCCUCAGGUUAACAUUAGCAAUCACAGGAGUGAGCCUAUUGGUCGUCUUCACCACCAUGAUUGGUUUUCUGCCCAAUGGGAGGGUGAAAAAUUUUCUCAGUGGGAAAGUGCACCUGAUGUGUUACCGUAUCUGUGUGAGAGGACUGACUGCUAUCAUCACAUACCAUCACAGUGAAAAUAAACCCAAGAAUGGAGGCAUCUGUGUCGCCAACCACACGUCACCCAUUGACACCAUUAUACUGGCCAGUGACGGAUGCUAUGCAAUGGUGGGUCAGAUCCAUGGGGGCCUGAUGGGGCUCAUUCAGAAGUCUAUGGUCAAAGCUUGUCCACACAUUUGGUUCGAGCGCUCAGAAGUCAAAGAUCGACAUCUAGUGGCUAAAAGAUUGAGUGAUCACGUAAAAGACAAAAGCAAACUGCCCAUCCUCAUAUUCCCUGAAGGUACCUGCAUUAAUAAUACAUCUGUCAUGAUGUUCAAGAAAGGAAGCUUUGAAAUUGGCUCAACUGUGUACCCCGUCGCCAUAAAGUAUGACCCUCGGUUUGGGGAUGCCUUCUGGAACAGCAGUAAGUUUGGGAUGGUGAAUUAUCUGCUCAGGAUGAUGAGUAGCUGGGCCAUCGUCUGCAGCGUGUGGUAUCUGCCUCCGAUGAGCCGUCAGGAAGGUGAGGAUGCAGUUCAGUUUGCUAACAGAGUAAAGGCAGCCAUUGCCAGACAGGGAGGUCUGGUGGACCUGCUGUGGGAUGGUGGGUUGAAACGAGGAAAAGUGAAAGACACUUUCAAAGAGGAGCAACAAAAACUCUAUAGCAAGAUUUUGGUUGGAACGCAAGAGGACCGCAGUCGUUCUUGAGAAGAGGAAGAUUGAAUCAGGUGAGGACCUGGAUGGAGGCCAAGAGACGCUUCUGACACAUGGACAACCACGUUAUGAUUUUGUUUCACAUCACGUAGCAAGAACUGUCCUUGUUUAAUUGUUCAUCUUUUUGAAAGGACCAGAGCAUGUCCAGUGUUUGGUCAGAUCGUGAUCAAAACGCCAUGAGACAUGUUUUGAUGCGUUGACCGAAGUCAAUGUAGCGUGAUUCGGUCUGUAGUGGCCAAGUUACCCUUGAGGAGUCACAAGCAGUUUAAUGGUUCCUUUCUGUUUUUUUAAUUCGUUAUGGUUUCUUUUUCUUUUAUUAUCAUUUGCUCUUAACGUGUCAUUAGGACGCAGCAAACUAUUAAAUUUGAUGGCCAUGUAUGUUUGACGGAAACGCCUCAUCAGGCUGCAUGUAGGUGUCCGAAAGCAUUUCCAUCUGUCUGCUAUACUUCUGCUGCGUGAACCACUUUAAUCCUGGAUUUUAACAGGAGAAAACAGCAGAAAUAUGCAUGAAAAUCUUGCAGUUUAUUUUGAGGACAUCAAGUUUAUCCUGACCUUUGCAGAUUAAUAAUCUGCAUACAUUUUUCUAAAUACCUCUGGAUAAACAAUCAAACCUGUGUGAAGGGUUUGAGAAGAAUUUGUUAGAUAUUAGGUUAUUUGUCCAUUUCCAUCCGGGAGUCAAAUCAUACGAGUCUUAAUGACAUUGGUCAAGUGAUGGCCAAUUGAAAACUCUGUAAAGUGUUGCUCAGGUACUGUACACAGUCAAAUUACAACCAUUACUUGUGUUCAAACAACACUAUGCAGCAUGUACUGUAUAUAUGCAACCAGUGUUUCCUAGGAUUAUUAUUUUUUUUAUAUCGAUUAACCAACCUAAAACUUGUAAAACAAUAACACAUUUUUUUUCAACGUAUCAGUUACAUUUUGUUAUUGUUUAAAACUAAAAAUCAAUCACAACAAACUCUGAAAUUCUCAUUUUCAAAAAACUGCAUACAGCACAGUUAUGAGUUCUGGGCUCAUUUUGAGGUCAAAGAUAAUAUGAUACGAUUAAAUAAGUUGUCUGAUGAUUUUGUCUCUUCAGACCAAUGCAAACAGGCUGGAUGAGCAUUAAAAUUCACUCUCUGAUAGUAGGUGCCAUGUUUUACAUAUAAAAUGUAAAUUGCAUUGAUGACAUGCUUAUGGUUGCCAUUCAUUCAAAUGAAAAUGUUUAUUGCUCUGAAUUUUUACACAGAGCCAUUACUCUUAAACUGGAUGACAGACCUCAAACUAAAAAAUGCAUAUGUAUGCAACUAUCUAGCUCUAAAACUAAAACACUAAAGGGCUCAUAAUGCAGCAGAAUCAAAACAUUGUAUUUUCACAUGCUCGGUAAACAGAAUACUGUGUCUGAAAUCACAUACUCGCUGAAUAGGCGCUUCUUUUGCAUAAGUAAUUCAUUUGUAACUGCUAAAAUGUGUUACAUUGUUUUAUAGUAUGAAUGUGUGUCGUAUGAAGGAAAUCCAGAU